CAGGAUCGCCCGCGACUGAAGAAGUAUUCCCGGAGCUCUCUGUUCUGCAGGGUGACAAUUAGCCAAAGAUUAUUUCUCUUUAUUCAGAAGCAUAAAGUUGUUUGCUGAUUGCAAGAAGAUGUUUCUUUGGCUCUUUCUGAUUUUGUCAGCCCUGAUUUCUUCGACAAAUGCAGAUUCUGACAUAUCGGUGGAAAUUUGCAAUGUGUGUUCCUGCGUGUCAGUUGAGAAUGUGCUGUAUGUCAACUGUGAGAAGGUUUCAGUCUACAGGCCAAAUCAGCUGAAACCCCCUUGGUCCAAUUUUUAUCACCUCAAUUUCCAAAACAAUUUUUUAAAUAUCCUCUACCCAAACACAUUCUUGAAUUUUUCACAUGCAGUGUCCUUGCAGCUGGGAAAUAAUAAACUGCAGAACGUUGAGGGAGGAGCCUUCCUUGGGCUCAGUGCAUUAAAGCAGUUGCACUUGAACAACAAUGAAUUAAAGAUUCUCCGAGCUGACACUUUCCUUGGCAUUGAGAACUUGGAGUAUCUCCAGGCUGACUACAAUUUAAUCAAGUAUAUUGAACGCGGAGCCUUCAAUAAGCUCCACAAACUGAAAGUUCUCAUUCUUAAUGACAAUCUGAUUUCCUUCCUUCCUGAUAAUAUUUUCCGAUUCGCAUCUUUGACUCAUCUGGAUAUCCGAGGGAACAGAAUCCAGAAGCUCCCCUAUAUCGGAGUUCUGGAACACAUAGGCCGUGUGGUCGAAUUGCAACUAGAAGAUAACCCUUGGAACUGUAGUUGUGAUCUGUUGCCUUUAAAAGCUUGGCUGGAGAAUAUGCCAUAUAACAUUUACAUAGGUGAAGCUAUCUGUGAAACGCCCAGUGACUUAUAUGGAAGACUUUUAAAAGAAACCAACAAGCAAGAAUUAUGCCCCAUGGGCACAGGCAGUGAUUUUGAUGUGCGAAUCCUGCCUCCGUCUCAGCUGGAAAAUGGCUAUACCACCCCGAACGGUCACACCACCCAAACAUCUUUACACAGGUUAGUGACCAAAGCACCAAAAACAACAAAUCCAUCCAAGAUCUCUGGAAUCGUGGCCGGCAAAGCCCUCUCUAACCGCAAUCUCAGUCAGAUCGUGUCUUACCAAACCAGGGUGCCUCCUCUUACACCUUGUCCGGCACCUUGCUUCUGCAAAACCCACCCUUCCGAUCUGGGACUGAGCGUCAACUGCCAAGAGAAAAACAUCCAGUCCAUGUCAGAGCUGAUACCGAAACCGUUAAAUGCCAAGAAGUUGCAUGUCAAUGGCAACAGCAUCAAAGACGUGGACACCUCCGAUUUCAGCGAGUUCGAGGGACUGGAUCUACUCCAUUUAGGCAGCAAUCAGAUUACCGCAAUCAAGGGGGACGUAUUCCGCAACCUCACGAAUUUACGCCGGCUUUAUCUCAACGGCAAUCAGAUCGAGAGACUCUAUCCCGAGAUCUUUUCAGGCCUUCAUAACCUGCAGUAUUUAUAUUUGGAAUACAACUUAAUUAAGGAAAUCUUAGCAGGCACCUUUGACUCAAUGCCAAACUUGCAGCUGCUGUACUUAAACAAUAAUCUCUUAAAGAGCCUGCCUGUGUACAUUUUCUCUGGAGCACCCCUCGCUAGACUGAACCUGAGGAACAACAAGUUUAUGUAUCUGCCUGUCAGUGGUGUCCUGGAUCAGCUGCAGGCUCUUACUCAGAUCGACCUGGAGGGCAACCCAUGGGACUGCACUUGUGACUUGGUGGCAUUAAAGCUGUGGCUGGAGAAGCUGAACGAUGGGAUUGUCAUGAAAGAACUGAAGUGCGAGACACCUGUGCAGUUUGCCAACAUCGAACUGAAGUCCCUCAAAAACGAAAUCUUGUGUCCCAAGCUUUUAAACAAGCCAUCGGCACCCUUCACGAGCCCUGCACCCGCCAUUACUUUCACUACCCCGCUGGGGCCCAUUCGAAGUCCUCCUGGUGGUCCAGUGCCUCUAUCCAUUUUGAUCCUAAGCAUCUUAGUGGUCCUCAUCUUAACUGUGUUUGUUGCUUUUUGCCUUCUUGUUUUUGUGCUGAGACGAAACAAGAAACCCACAGUGAAGCACGAAGGCCUGGGGAACCCUGAGUGCGGUUCCAUGCAGCUGCAGCUGAGAAAACAUGACCACAAAACCAACAAAAAAGAUGGCCUGGGCACGGAAGCGUUCAUUCCGCAAACCAUAGAACAGAUGAGCAAGAGCCACACCUGCGGCCUGAAAGAAUCUGAAACCGGGUUCAUGUUUUCUGAUCCUCCAGGCCAGAAAGUCAUGAUGAGAAAUGUCACUGACAAGGAAAAAGAUGUAUUGCACGUGGAUUCCAGGAAAAGACUAAGCACCAUCGAUGAGCUGGAUGAAUUAUUCCCGAGCAGGGAUUCCAAUGUGUUUAUUCAGAAUUUUCUUGAAAGCAAAAAGGAGUACAAUAGCAUAGGCGUCAGUGGCUUCGAGAUCCGCUAUCCGGAGAAACAAGACAAAAAAAACAAGAAGUCACUGAUAGGCGGCAACCACAGUAAAAUUGUCGUGGAGCAAAGGAAGAGCAGCGAGUACUUUGAACUGAAGGCAAAACUCCAGAGUUCCCCUGACUACCUACAGGUCCUUGAAGAGCAGACAGCUUUGAACAAGAUCUAG